UUUGGUGGCCGGGCGCGGAGGUGAUUCUACACUGAGGGGGGAACGCGGCGGCAAGGGUGGCAGUGGCAGCGUUCGUGUGCUCGGGUCUGAAUCACUGAGGGAGGAGGCGGUGGAGGAAGAGGUGGCGGCGGUGGCGGUGGUCGUAGCGGUGGCGGAGGAGGCGGGUACGAAUCAGCUGCGGGCAGAGACAUGGCCAACAUCGCGGUGCAGCGAAUCAAGCGGGAGUUCAAGGAGGUGCUGAAGAGCGAGGAGACGAGCAAAAAUCAAAUUAAAGUAGAUCUUGUAGAUGAGAAUUUUACAGAAUUAAGAGGAGAAAUAGCAGGACCUCCAGACACACCAUAUGAAGGUGGACGAUAUCAACUAGAGAUAAAAAUACCAGAAACAUAUCCAUUUAAUCCCCCUAAGGUCCGGUUUAUCACUAAAAUAUGGCAUCCUAAUAUUAGUUCCGUCACAGGGGCUAUUUGUUUGGAUAUCCUGAAAGAUCAAUGGGCGGCAGCAAUGACUCUCCGCACGGUAUUAUUGUCAUUGCAAGCACUGUUGGCAGCUGCAGAACCAGACGACCCCCAGGAUGCAGUAGUAGCAAAUCAGUACAAACAAAAUCCUGAAAUGUUCAAGCAGACAGCUCGACUUUGGGCACAUGUGUAUGCUGGAGCACCAGUUUCUAGUCCAGAAUACACCAAAAAAAUAGAAAACCUGUGUGCUAUGGGCUUUGAUAGGAAUGCAGUAAUAGUGGCCUUGUCUUCAAAAUCAUGGGAUGUAGAGACUGCAACAGAACUGCUUCUGAGUAACUGAGGCAUGGGAGCUGCUGCCAGCCAAGCUCACCUCUUCUUGAGGAGCACCAACAUCUGUUAUUUUUAGGAUUCUGCAUAAAUUUCUUUUAAACUGGCAUUCUUGCCUAAUGAUGUUAUCUAGGCACCAUUGGAGACUGCAAAAAAAAAAAAAAAGAACCAAAUUCCCUGCUCUGUAAAUAAAGCUAAUUAAACGUCUGUGUAAAUUUAAAAAGGGGAAAUACUUUAAUUUUUUUUCUUAAUAGUGUAAAAAAAUCUUUGAGCUAAGCUAAAACCAUGGAAAAAACAUGCUACGUUAGUGUUUAGCAAUGUAACAAGACUAGCGAGUUUGCUUCAGGUUCUGUUGAAUAACUAGGGAAACACUCGAGGUCGCCGCUCCCAUUGUCGUGUUGCACCACAGCUUCCUUAAGCGUUUGAACAUGGAUCCUCGUGCCUGUGAAUUUACUUGCAUGCUUGUACUUGACUUCUUAGGAUGGGUAGCUGAAAAGACCACCCUUUUAAGCAUUAGGAAAUUUGGAUUAUGAGAUUUAUCCAGACUUAAAGAUGACCUAAUCAGAGCCUUUCGGUCCCUGUGGACAGGUAGGGACACUCUUACUUCUUCCCUGUUAACCAUCCAAAGCUAAGAUUCUCAUGGUAAAUUUCUGUGUUUGGUGGGAAAUGUGCUGAGGAAGUGUCCCUUGUUCUAUUUUAGGUCAUAGGUUUGAUAGGUUUCGUCCGAGUGCUUUACUUUGUAAGUAAUAAUGUAAAAAUGGGGCUGCCAAUCUUAUUUCUCUUAUAAAAGAAUUAAAUACUUGAUGUUGCAGUACUCCCAGACUUAAUAGAGGACCCUACUUAGUUUUUCUUUUUUUUUUUUUUUAAAUUGAAUUUGACAUGUUUAAACUGAUGAAGUCUUUGGAAACUUGAAGGAUGCAGUCAGCUGUUUUCAGUAGUGUCAAGUCUAACUGGGACUUUAGAGUUUGCUUUUGUCAGACACUUGAGUCACUCUUGCACUCCCCGUGUUGACACAUGAAAGCUGCCGGUGUCUCCCUGUACAUACUUCAGGUGCACAUAGGAAUAGGGCGUGUUAGGAAUCUAGCUUUCUUUAGGAUGUUUUUGACAGUGUGAGAAUUGAACCUCUCCCUUCUUCUGUACAUAGAAUUCUGUUCUUCACUGUCACUUCUCAUUCUGUGUUCCAAAGUUUAAAGACUCUUUGUUUUGCGAACUCAGACACUUAAUUUAACCAUCUUAAUAAGGUUCAAGUGAAUUUAUGUAGGCAGUUGUUACGUAGGAGAUAUAAUUAUAAAUUUAUUUGAGGACCAAUGCAUAAGUAACAGAAAUGUAAUGGAAUCAGACUGAAUUAAAGUAAGGCUCUCUUGAAAAUCAUAUUCUAAAAGGUUUGUUUUCUUGAAGUGUUCUUUACUUUUUUCUUUUCUUUCUUUCCUUCUUUUUUUUUUGCUUUUGUUUUUGGUUUUUGAGACAGUGUUUCUCUGUAGUUUUGGAGCCUGUCCUGGGAACUAGCUCUUGUAGACCAGGCUGACCUUGAACUCACAGAGAUCGCCUGCCUCUGCCCCUGAGUGCUGGGAGUGUUCUUCAUCUUGUAGUCAUAGUUGUUAGAAAAUACUUUUUGAACCUGUUAACUUAGCAUAACUUCAUUUGACUUUUCAAUAUUCUUGAUACUACAAGCAAUAAAAGAGCCAUUAAAUAGACUAUGACAUUAAAGAUGUGACAGUUCUUCCAGCAGCUGUGAGGCUUUCUCAGUUACCAGUGACUCAGGCUGCUAUGUUCUCCAUGUUUGCAGAUACACACAUUUCCUGUUGCAGCCACACCUUUUAUUGCUGUAGUUUAUGUCCUAAAGAUGCCAAAGGAAACAAGAUUUUUAUUUAUUUCAAAUAGCUUAAACUUUGUAUUUUUCUUUAUAUUCUAAGAUUAGAUGGAAUUGUGUGAAAUCAUGGAAAGUUUAGCUCCAUUAUUGAUUAGAAAGAUUUUUUUUUUUUUGUGGAGGUAGCUUGGUAACGCUAAUAUUUAGAUAUUCUUGGAGUUUACUCUUUGCCCAUAUUGUCAGGGUCUAUUGUCUGGUUAGACACAUGAGAACUCAGAUAACUAGAGUCAUGCAUUACCUACUUUGCAGUUAAGCCCUGCUUUUGUCUUCCUUCCUUCCUUCCUCCCUCCCUCCCUCCUUUUUUUCUUUUUUGGUUGCAGACUGGCCCCAUCCUGUAUGUGCUAAAUACACUUAAAUUCAAGGCUAUCGGGGUUACAUAAGCAAGACUGGUUGAGAUUUUUCCUCAUUUUUACUUAAUGUGAUGUUAGCUUUUUUUUUUUUUUUUGUAUUUCUGUGAUGUCCUUUUUGUUUUUGUUUGUUUUCAUUUCACUACUGGUAGCUUUAGUUCAUCAAAAACAAAAAAGCCUAGGCGUUUUAUUCUGGUACUAAAUACUGUAAGCAGAAUAUUAAAAAUUCAGACUUAGUAAAAAGUACCCUGAUGUGAAAUUAUUUUUAUAUUUCUGUAUUUGAGAAUUUGUCAGUUUAAAAAGUACUAAAAAGUUACUAUUUUGUUCUGGGUGUUGGUUUAGUCACAGACUUUUUGAGAGGCAGAGGCAGGCAGAUUUGUGAGUUCGAGGCCACUACAUAGGAAGUUCCAUGUCAGCCAGAACUCCACAAACCUUGUAGGAACAUCAGUCCUCUCCAGUAAUUUUAGUGGGAUCUCAUUUAGAGCAUGCAGAUUUACUUCAAGUCACUGACCCUCUAAUGGGGUUUUACAUAUUCCAGUUUUUGUUUUUUUGUUUUUUUCUUCUUCUUUCUGAGCCUGUGCCUGACUUUAGUAGAAAACUUAGUUGUAAGCAUGCUGGAAUAGAUCACAGAAAGGGUUGACUUAAGGCACUGGUGCUCACCAGCUGCCCUGAGUUUGCGCUCUCAAAUGUUUCUUAUCUUAAACACAUAACAUCUUCAAAUAUAUGUAAAUGUUUGAAAUUGAGUAUUUUGCUUUUGAGAAGUAUAGCCUAUGAAAUGAGAUUAAAACACUUAUUUUGAAUUUUUUUUGUAUUCCUGAUUGUUGGUGGCAUUUAACACUAUGCAAAAAUCCUUAUGUGUCUGUAGGAAGGAAUUGGCAGCAGGUUUUGCUCGUUAUGCACUACAAAAUGCAGCAUAUUAUUUUACUGGUGAGGAUGCUGAGCAAACUUACCAGUGUGAAAAGCAGAGCUCAACUGUUAAGUGCAUGCUUGUGAGGAGCUCUAAACUGCAGUAGAAAUAGGGUGUUUUCGGGAUCCAGUGGAGCAACACCAGAAUGAGUUUUUGGUGGUAUAAGGACUUAAGAUGAAUUUGGGCAGAGAAUAGUGGAGUCAGGUAUAUUUUGUACAUAGACAGAAACAGUGUUUAGAUAGGAAGACGAAAAAGGAAAGUGUCUGUUUACAGUUAACUUUAUUUCAUGGACUUUGACAAAAUGAUUCUGUAUUAAUCACUUUUUCUAGUUCCAAGGAAUUGAUGCUUAAGAGUUGCAUUUCCACCUUCCAGUCCCUGGCUCAGUAAAUGCACACCCAUCGGCCUACUCCAGGUUCUCACUGUCGCAUGACUUCCAGUGUGUGUCCACACACUUGUUUGCAGCUGCCAUGAACAGCAGAGAUGUGCUAUGGAAGGAAGGGGGUGCGAGUGCCUCCCUCCCUUCCUGUCUUGUUGUUCCGGCUCUCUUACACUGCUAGGGCCCCAGAAGCCUGCAGUCCUCACCGGAAGGUGCGAUUGUGUCACCUUUGGCUGCUGUCUGAUCAGUUCGGGGCAAGUGGGUCCAGUCCUUGCUCUGUGCUGUUCCUGAUCGGUCACGUCUUCUUACUGUCACCUACCUUUUACAGGCAUCAUAAUAGAAGCUAGACAAUUUCUUUGGGGAAAAGAGACUUAUUUAAUGUAAUUUAAAGACUUUUCCACUAGAAAAUGAAAUAUAAUUGAAAAUAUCUAUUUUUUAGCUUUCAGCAAUUGAUGGUGCUUUGUUGUGGUGUCUGCUGGAAGUUACUGCCAUUUUAGGGAUUUUCAUUAACCUCACCGGGAAAGAAUCUUGCUUGUUAGCUUCUUUAGAUCUCUAAACAGUUUGUUAGUGAUGGUGAACUCUGUAGGAGGGUCUGUUCUGAGUCAUCAACUUCCUGUAAGGGGAAAAUGAGCUGGUUACCAGAUAUACCAUUGAAGCAGGGUGGGCUGCGGGUGGAGGGCUGGUGUUUGUCUUGAGAAUUAAAAACUACGAAACACUUUUGUAUACAACUGAAUUUUUAAAAAAAUAAACACAUUUUUAAAGAUGUUGAA